AUGGAGCUGUACAAUAACCAGCAGUUCCUCCUGCGCUACCGAUUCUCCAAGGAAACUGUGCGAGAGCUGCAGCUGUUGCUACCGCUGGAAGCAAGCGGCAACAGCCGGGGACUGCCUCUAUCGCCGAUGCUGCAGCUGCUCCUGGCCCUCAGAUUUUACGGCGCCGGCAGCUUCCAGAUUGUCACUGGAGAUCUGAUCAACGUUUCACAGCCGACAGUGUGCGGAGCCGUCGACAAGGUGACGCGCCUCAUCGCGCGACAUCUGUUCCGCAAACUUGUGCAUUUCCCGGAGUUGUCGCAGUUUGCUUCGGUAAUGCGCGACUUUUUCGAAAUUGACGAUUUCCCGGGAGUUACGGGAUGCAUUGAUUGCACCCACGUGCGCAUAAAAAGCCCCGGCGGCGAUGAAGCGGAGGUGUUUCGCAAGCGGAAAGGAGUGUUCUCAGUGAACGUACAGAGAAGCAAGGUUGCCGAGUCCCUGGUCAUCAAACUUGUUCCAAAUUUUGGCGGCAAGAUUGUCAACAAGUGA